GUUAUAGUGACAAUUUGACUAAUCGAGGGAUCUAAGUGCUAACUUUCUAAAAUUAAAGGUGCUAAAUGACCUCUUUUACAGUCUACUACCAGUUUACUAGUACCUUUAGCCAUCAGUCUCUGUCACAACAAUGGAAUCCAAAUUCCUCUCUUCAAUUGCUCCGGCGCCGUCGCCGACACUUGCUAGCUUUCCGGCUUCCUCCGACGUAGCCACGGACCGUACUAUUCAAAGUCCGGCUGCGAAAUAUCCGGCGCCGCCAACAACGCCUUCGACACCGUUAUCCGCUCAAGAUAUACGGCGAUGGAGACCGGCGGCGCAACGAAACCUGAGAAACCAAUGGUCUAAGUUGGCUGCUCUGCGGACGCAAUGGUUUUCCUUAUCCUCCACUGCUCGAUCAUAUGCCACUUCUGUAGUCAAUUCACAUCUCUCCCAAAGGUAUAUGGAUGCAAUGGACUUGGGUGUUUUAACAGAUAUGCCUGAUAUACGUAAAAAGGCAUGUAGGAAAUUGUUCAAGCAGCAGGAGACUUAUAGGAAUAACCUCUGGUCAUCUUACAAAGAUAUGGUGGCUGUUGUAACUCAGAUGGUCAAUGUUUCCAAAUCUAUGAGGUGUUACCGCAAAGGAACAAAUGGCAGUGCACUUACUGAGUUUUCUUUGUUCCCUGGAGGUCAGAAUGACACUGGUGAUAGUGAUGGAAUUCCUGUUUUCACCUUUUGGUCAAUCUUUGAUUUCGAGAAACUGGCAUUGGAGCUGGUCCAGAUGUUUGUGUCAGAAACGAAUAUAAAGCGGUUGCUUGUAAUGGAAAUAUGCUCCAUUGGUUCCGAGGAAUUUUCACAAGUCGACAGGCUGAAAUGGAGUGAUCAUUUCUAUGUAGGAGAGUUUGAAGAUCUGCUCAAAUGCAAUUCAAACUCAAAUGAGGUUCUUAAUCAACUCGUGCCCAGGCUAGAGAGCUGCAAUUCUCGGACUUCCCCCAUGCAAUCGAGUAAUCAAUUAGAGAGCAAUAUUCUCCAGGUUUACUUAACAACCUGGCUUGCAGAAGUCAAUGUCGAUAGAUUCAGGAUAGGUGAAUUAUUUGCUAUGGUAGGUGAGGAGAUGCAUGUUACCAUAUCUUGAAGCCUCAACUACACAGGGCAGCGCAGAAUGGAUACAAAGGGUUAGCAUGGAUAACCCCAACUCAUUUGAUCGAGGCAUGUAUAUAUACAUGUAAUGGCGAUGGAUCUAUUAGCCAAUGAGGUCGAUAGAGCUUGAAAAGAUAUAAAAGCGACCUAAGCUGGGAUUUAAGAUGGUGAAGUUGUCCUUGUCCAGGAGAAUCAUCCAACUCACAAACAAUGCUACUGUUGUUUCCCAGGCAAUGAAUCCAAGUGUCAGGCAAAUGGCUGCCUAAUGCUGUCUUUGUUUGUUAAAGCAACCAGCGGGUGAAGAGCCAACAGUGACAUAUUUAGUAAUAUGAAAGUGACGAGGCAAGGAAGAGCCGCUAUUUUUUUAAAUUUUUUUUAAUUAUAUAUUGGGGUAGGGGAGUGGGAAAUGGGGGAAGGGAUUACAAGGUGAGGAAUUGAACCCUCACCAAUAAGGUGAAAGUUUAGGUAGCCAACUAACUGAGCUACUAAGAUUCCGCCGCAAGAGCAACUAUGAGCGUUAGUUUUCUAUUUAUUUGUUUGUUUGUUUAUUGGGAUUUUUGGGGGGCAGAGAUGCUAGGUUCACUUGUUCCAUUGAUAGAAUACUCCACGAUCAUAUUAACCCUUGGUCUGAUUGGGUUGGUGUCCAUUAUACCAAGAUAGGGAAACAUCGUAUUUCUCAAACAAGGGAUGUGGUCAUGGGACAUGUACUUUUAUGAUGAAGUUACUGUUUGGAUUCA